GAGUUACUUGUUAUCUAGUGAAUACUUUCAAAGUUUUUAGGUUAUAAGAAAUUUCUGCAAGGACAACAUUGGUAGUGUUAUCGUGAUAUAGCAUUAUUUAGGCAAAAAAUAUCGUCCCAUUUAUCGGACGACAGAUAAAAUCUUAAAAUUAAUUAUGUGAGCAGUUGAACCCUGCCAAUCAAUUCUGUAUCGAUAUGUCGGCCUCAAGUAACGUUGAAACAGUGUUAGCAUACAGAUUGGCCUGUUUGGCCGUCUGACAAAUAUGAAUUUAUGGCAUAAUCUUAUAAUUUUAAUAAUCGAACAUGGUGAAGGAAAAACCAAAUUCAAUCCGUAUUUACGAUUCAGAGGGUUACAGACGGCGAGCUGCAUGUAUCUGCGUCAAAAACGAUCUUGAGGAUGAGGUACUGUUAGUUACAUCCAGCCGAAGACCAGAUAGUUGGAUAGUGCCUGGUGGAGGUGUCGAACCAGAGGAGGAACCUGCAGUAACUGCGUUACGAGAAGUUAGAGAGGAAGCUGGUGUUCUAGGGCAGUUGGGCCGAUGUCUUGGCAUAUUUGAGAACGUUGAACACAAACAUAGGACACAGGUAUGGGUUAUGCGUGUAACCGAAGAACUGCCAGAAUGGGAAGAUUCACGUGCUAUCGGUCGAAAACGAAAGUGGUUCUCUAUACCAGAGGCCUUGUUUCAGCUUGCUCAGCACAAGCCCGUCCAGCGUUCUUAUAUACACAGCCUCCACAAUACUAAUCCUCAACAUAAUCCCAAUAUUUCGCCACCUCACCAUUCGCAUACUACUGUAACGUCUAUUCAGUUGAUGAAUAAUUCUAGUAAUAAUCCUCAUCUUAACAAACAUAGCUAAUAUUAAAUACCAUCCAUUUGCGUAAACAAUUGAGAUCAAACAUUGAAUAUUUUGUUGCUGCUCAUUUCCUUUCAUACAGUUAUAGCAGCCACUGAGGUUGCAUUUUAUAUGUAAAAUGACACUAUUUGUACAUUCUCUGGUUUUUUUGUUUUUUUUUCUCACUUGUUUCGUUUUGUUAGUAGUACAAUUAUUAUGAACCUUGUUAUUAUACUACUAAUACUGCUACUAUACAAUUACACCACCACUACUAUUGCUAUUACUAUUACUGUUAAUAUUGCUAUUCUAUCAUUAUUGCAAACACUAUUAUUACUAUUAUCACUGUUAUCAGUGUUAUGCUUAUUCAUACGAUUAGUUAAUAAACUGGUCCUUAAAGGAGCAGUUUUUCAGGUUCAGUUCUCAUUUCUAUCAUAUAUUCUUGUCAGGGAAACAAUUAGUGCUUACAUUUCAUAUACAAAUAAGUACCUAAUUUUCAUACGUAAAGUGGAUGGUGUUUUAUGCAAGAAAAUGUUUCACAAUUAGAAUAUUUCUCUCAUGUUGUUUGCAUAUACUCAAAGAAUAUUAUAAACUUCAUAAUGAAACAUAUCUGUACCUCAUCGAUUUGUUUCUUUCAAACAAGAUUUUUGAUGGUAUGUGAUAACUGCUUUGUAUUUGUUUCUGUAACAGUUACUACCUUUUGCAUACUAUGGGUCAGUAUGUAGUUUACAGACUGAAUCGUUUAAAGAAUUGCUGUAGGGAUUGUUUAGGAUAUGCGUUUCAGAAAAAAUAAAAUUUCUCUUCUUAUAAACCGUAAAAGGAAUUAGUAUAAAGGCUAUUUAAUGUAAAAUGAAAUAUAGAUACAUGGAUAUACCAUGAA